AUGCCCACGAAGGUGCUGGCCACCAUGACGUUGAGUUGGAGUGUCGUCUCGAUUACUGGUAUCACUUCGUGGAGGGAGGUAUACAUGUUGCACCCUGGGGCGUUCCCCUUCUCACCCGCUUUGUCACCCGCCUUCUCACCCGCCUUCUCACCCGCCUUCUCACCCGCCUUCUCACCCGCCUUCUCACCCGCCUUCUCACCCGCUUUGUCACCCGCCUUCUCACCCGCCUUCUCACCCGCCUUCUCACCCGCCUUCUCACCCGCCUUCUCACCCGCCUUCUCACGCGCCUUCUCACCCGCCUUCUCACCCGCCUUCUCACCCGCCUUCUCACCCGCCUUCUCACCCGCCUUCUCACCCGCCUUCUCACCCGCCUUCUCACCCGCCUUCUCACCCGCCUUCUCACCCGCCUUCUCACCCGCCUUCUCACCCGCCUUCUCACCCGCCUUCUCACCCGCCUUCUCACCCGCCUUCUCACCCGCCUUCUCACCCGCCUUCUCACCCGCCUUCUCACCCGCCUUCUCACCCGCCUUCUCACCCGCCUUCUCACCCGCCUUCUCACCCGCCUUCUCACCCGCCUUCUUACCCGCCUUCUCACCCGCCUUCUCACCCGCCUUCUCACCCGCCUUCUCACCCGCCUUCUCACCCGCCUUCUCACCCGCCUUCUCACCCGCCUUCUCACCCGCCUUCUCACCCGCCUUCUCACCCGCCUUCUCACCAGUCUCCCACCCGCAGUGGUGGGCACUCUAA